AUGGGUCUCAUCAUUCCCUGCCAACCCUCAGACGAGGAACUCCAGGUCUUCGAGGAGAAGAUAAAUUACCAUUUCACCAACCGUCUUCUGAUCCGGGAGGCACUCCAAACCUGCAACGGCCUUAACCAAGAUGGCAACAAGACUCUUGCCAUGAUCGACGAUGCCAUUGUUCAUUUGGUCAUUGUGACCCAUAGCUAUUAUAAAAGCCAGAUGAGAGUUUAG